UGAUAUAAACCUUGUCCUGCCAGGUGUCUGCGGGCUGCUUGUGAUGAUGAGUGAUGCUGACCAUCAAGCCUGGAGAGCACGGCUCUACGUACGGAGGAAACCCUCUGGCCUGCGGCGUUGCCAUGGCAGCACUAGAGG